AUGGCUUCAAAAAGAAUUUGUUUAUGGCUUGUAUUUAUGAUAAUUACGCAUUCGGUUGGACAAGAUAUGCGAUCAGUCCGAAUGUCUUCAAUGCGCGAGUGGAAAUUUCAUUGUGCUAAUACAACAUGUUUGCCAUUUCUCAAUCUCAUUACGUCGACUAUUAUGAAGUGUCAAAUGGCUUGUUUAGCUCAAAUUUAUUGUAGAGCAGCCAGUUUUCAUCGAUCAACUUCUAAUUGUGAAUUAUUUACUGAUAUGUCAAAUGAAAUUGCACACAUGGUGACUGAUAUCGGCAUUACUACUAUGAUUGUUAUUGCGGGGACACGAUCUCCAUCUGAACCGACUACGACAACAUCAACAACCUCAACUACAACAACAUCAACAACAACCUCAACUACAACAACAUCAACAACCCCAACUACAACAACAACCUCAACUACAACAACCACUACAACUACAACAUCAUCAACAUCAACAACUACGACAACAUCAACAACAACCUCAACAACAUCAACAACAACCUCAACUGCAACAACAUCAACAACCUCAACUACAACAACAGCCUCAACUACAACAACAUCAACAACAACAACUACUACAAAAACAUCGACCACCACAACAACAACAACAACGUCUACGACCACAACAAUAUGUGAGUAA